AUGGGUGGAAACGAAGAACGCAAUUCAGUGUCACGCAAAAGAAACUUCAUUCCACGCCUGGAAUCUCUUGAGGGAAAUCCAAACCAGGAGGAUGAACACGAGGGAUCGAGCAGCAAGAUUCCUGCAACAGAAGAGACUCAUGCUAUUUUUAGUCAAUCUAGCUCUACAUCAUCCGCCAGCCCAUCAUCGUUUAUUCCGGCUAUAGUUUCAAACUCCGAUGAGACUACUGAGACUGAAUCAACAGAAAAUGCAACACCGGGAAAUGAGAAGACAGCAAACCCUGCGUCUUCAACUACAAAACGGUCACAUCGAUCAACAAGAAAUUCAGCGCCAGGAAGCAGAGCAGCAAACAGUCGCGCUUUGGCUCAUCGAGCAAGUCGAUUGGAAUCAAGUCGAGCGUCCUCAGUUCGAGAAUCAAAUAGUGAAGAAGAGACGGCAAACCAAGAAAGAACUAACGAGAGAUGCCGUUAUUCAAUCACUAUUAGAAUACCAACUGGAGUAAUUGAAACAUUAAUAGUGGAAAGUCGAACUAACAACGCAAAUUACCUGAACGCUCGAACUGUGGCGACAGAGGCUGCAAAUUUCUUCGCUAAAAGAGUUGCUUGCUCAUCCUAUACAACUGUAUCACUGGUGUACUCAUUAUUAAACAGCAUGGUCGAUGCAAUUGUAUUCUCGUCGAGCUUCCAUCACCUCAAUAAUGUUUUACCGCCACCAUUCGAACAAUUGGUGACAGAAGCUAUCGAAGCCUAUACUCAACACACGACACGCGGAAUACACCUUCCUUCUAUGGUUGCCGCUGCCAGACGCACUGAUCCAUUUUUCCCACUGAGACAGAACAUGCCGCAACGCUAUCAAAGAAGUUUUAGUCGUGUCGUGGGAACAUUGGGAUACUCCACGAGUGAAAACCAACGACAACGUCCGCAGGAAGCUGAACAGCAAAAUUCGGCAAGCAGGCCUGAAACUGAUAAUGCCGGAACUUCAACGGAAGACGUUCAAGUGAACAAAAAGCUGAACACUAACGAGAGAAUUGAGAAAUUUAUCAUUCAAGGAUGCGGGCCAACGGCAAAAGCAAUUGAUAUACACACUCGUCGGAUUUACCUGGCGACGAUUGUUACCGAUCAGAGGAAAGAAAAUAUUGAAAAGUUAACUGAACGUAUCAACAACUGUUAUGAUUACGCGAGCUCACUUCCGCGAAAUUUUCCGGAUAUUAAGAAUCUCGUUUUGCCACGAGAAUGUCGAAUGAUUGUGUCAAAAGGCCGUAACAUUUAUUUCACGCCGUGCUCGAAAAUGACGGUUCACCAUUACGUUGCUGAAAGAGGGCACAAUUUGACAGAGAGGGAAGCUCUUGAUAUUUUUAGAGGGAUAGUGGACAUUGUCUUCUUUUGUCAUAAAAUUGGAAUUAUUCUAAAAGAAAUCAAGGCGCGCAAAUUGGGUUUGGUCCGCAACGAGACUGUGUUUACUGUGAAUCUCGAAACGAUUGCCGACUGUCUGCUUUUAGAUAAUAUUGAAGAUGAUCAAGUUUCGUGCAGAAUUGCGUGUCCAGCAUAUGUCGCGCCAGAAAGAAUUUUCUUGAGCCCGACUCAUCCGACCUAUUCGGGAAGAAGCGCUGAUAUUUGGACGAUGGGCAUUACGCUUUACACAAUGCUCUUCGGAAAAUAUCCAUUCUUUGGAAAAACUCCGCAAAGUGUGUUUAGGAGCAUUCUUUCGAAUCGUCUUACAUUCCCCGAGAAUAGCCUUGAAGAAACAACAAUUCAAUUGGUGAAGCGAAUGCUCGAGAAAAAUCCAUCGGCUCGACCAACAAUUGACGAGAUCAAUGAAAUGGACUUGAAUUGUUUGAGAUACUACCCUUGCCGUUCUAAGCAUGUGAUCGCCGUAUCAAAUGCCAGAAAUCAAAUCCGCAGACUUCUUCUUGACUGCUAUGAAAAUGCUAGAGAGUGUCGCAGAGCGGUUUGCUUAGAGCACAUUUCUGUGAAACAAAUGUUCGAGAUCAUCACCUAUUUGAAUCGAAAACGUUACAAACAAGUCGACAAUCUUAUUCCUUUGAUCAAUUAUCACGAACGACUCGAGGAAACAUCGAAACGAUUCGCUCGCCUCAAUUUCCCGUGCCCGAUCAGAAUUACGCGAGGAAUCGUCGAUGAUGAGAGUGAGAAAAUGUUCAAGAUUCGCUGUAUGAGUCUGUACACGGAUUUCGAAUAUUCGAUUCUAAACGCUCGACUGGCACAAAUCAACAAAUUGAUUAAGAAAGAGCGAACAGGCAAAAUUGUGGUCACUCCGUUUGACGGAGACGUUGAAUUACCAGAUGUGAUCGAGUUGGAUCAUCUUCCUUUGGAGAUAUUGAUGCCACCGGAGAUCCACAUUCCGCGACCAGGAUUGAUUAUUAAGAAAAACUCGGUGGCUGAUAGAGUUUACAAUAUGCUUCAUUUUCAUAACGCACUACAAUUCCCGCUAGUUAAACACAAUGGUCAAGCUUUAAGGUUCUCUGAUCAGAUUUAUCUUGAUUUAGAAGCUUAG